AUGGCACACGCAAAGGAGGUAGAAGUCGAGCCUCCGAUGCAUCUUCAACGGCCAUCUUCGAGUCGUUCUCAAGAUGUGUCGCAUUUACUGGCAAGUGUGUUUAGGGAAGUUUUUACUCGUGAUGUUAUCGGAGAAGAAACUGUGAAACACCUCGCUACUUCUAUGAGUGGAGACGCUGGUUACCAUGAUAAAUAUGUGGAGCAACUAAGGCAGGUAGGAAAUGUGUAAGUUUUGUAGUAGUUUUCAAGUUAUUGAAUCAGUGAUACAUUAAAAUGAACAUCCCAGCUGAUCUUGGUAAUCACAUCAACAGUGUAAUCACGAACUCAGCUGUGUUAGCUUAAUCAUAUACUGUUAGUGAAGAAAAGGGGUGGCUUAAAUUUACUCAAAAUUUUCCUGUUGCUUUAUAUUCUAUUCGUGAUCAUAAAUAAGAAGAAACUUUUUUUUGGCAGGGUAUUCUGCAGUUGCUCUGUAAACCUAGCUACUUUUAUUGUUAUAGCAGCCAUCAGGUUUCAAUAAUAGAAUCCUUAAUGGCCAAUAAACUUUGAAAUUAAAUGCGCUUCCAUUAACAUUGACAUACUUCCCUUCAAGACGGUGUAAAAUUCGUGUUAAGAUCAAUCAAAAUUGAUCGUGCAUCAACAAUGAGAUCCAUGGGUUUAUUCUUGAAGGCAAGUAAAAAAUUCUCAAAAUCUGCUGAUAUUAAGGAGUCCAAAGAUAGUCCCUUGUUCCUUCAAGAUUCAAUGUAGUGUUACUCAAAAACAGGGAAAAAUUAUGGGCUAAUUUCUUGUUGAUGAAAUAUAUUAUGUGAUUCUUUACAAAAGACAGAAUGCAUAGAACUUGGGUGAUAGGCCUUACUCUUUUUAAACUUGAACCUUUAAGAACAAUGUGAUCAAGGAAACAGUAAAUAAUGAUGCUAUAAGUAACAUGUAUUGGUACUUAAAAUAGCAUUUAGCCAUAGUAAUAGUAUACAUAUUAAUCAAUUGCUCUUAUUAAGAUACAAGAGGAACAAGAUCGAAGGCACAGAGAAGCAGACAUGUUGGAAGCUCACAUCAUGCAAGCUCAAGCUGCAGCUAUGGCCGCUGAUGAGAGGGAACUGCAAAGAAUUUCAGAAGGGUACGAAAAUUACCAAUCAUUGGGAUUACCACCAGGUAAAGUACAUGGACUGUUUGUGGUUUUUAUUUACUUGUUGAUUAUAUAUCUCCAUGACAUAGUAAUUGUUCUGAAAAUUUUGCAAGAGACUGUUACUUAAUUCUAAACCUACUUGACUGUCAAUUUUUUCUUUAAGCAAAAUCACACCUCAGAAACUGUCUAGACACUCAGUUACUGCGACGCUACAAUCUCAUUGUUCCAGAAGAUUUCUCUUCAGAAGAGGUUUCUCCAUCUAAAGCUCCACAAGGUCAGCUUUUAUCCUAGGUUAAAAAAUAAGCUGAAUGAUAUUCACAAAUUUGAAUUAAUUCCUAUGUAACUAUGCUAUAUUAGAAGACAGAAGUACUAAGUUGACAUCAUUGUGAACAACUUUGUUCUUUAUUAUAAACAUGUAGAGCAGUUACAUUCUGUGUGGCAGUGCACCUGUUCAGUAUAAGAUCACAAAGUUGUUUAAGUGUGGAGCACACUUGAACAAUACUUUUAAUUACUGCUGUGUAAAGUCAUUGCAUCACUAAUUAGUUAAACAAAUAUUGUUAUUAUAGCUGAUGAAAUACCAAGCUAUGCCAGGCCAACAACAUCAUCUCAGCAGCGAUACAGAAAAACACCUCCAUUAACAGAGUACCUGGAUGAUACUGCUCUGUCAACAUCAACAUGGCCAUGGACGUCACUACCACCCACACAGGCAAAAGAGAAGAGAGAUUUGAAUAUAACACCACCCCCUAGUGUAAGCAUUAUUUUUCUGUUGAAACUUAAAUAAACAAGUUAAACUUUUUGAAGCUUUGGGCUUGACUGUCAGGUUCUUUAAGCCUUGAUUUUGCCAUUUUUAUUUCUCACUGUAAUGCUAGACAAUACAUAAAUAUUAGAAUUUGUUUUGUAUCACCUUUUUAGGUUUAUCAGUUUAAAUUUGACUUUUUCUCAAUAAAAGACUGAAAUAACAAACUGAAAGAUUUCAACUUUAUUAAGUUUCCAUUGAUAAUUGCUGAUAAUUGAGUAAUUUCAGUUACCCUUAACGCAAAUUAAUCUCUAUUUGAAAUUUACAGAGUUUUUAAUAAUAUUUGUAUUUAUAGCACUUUCUUUUUUCUAAAGGCUAAAAGCCAGCACUCCAAGUCUGCAGUCUGGAGAGAAUCCAUGAAACCAGAUAAGCGACAAUUAGAGCGAGAAGAUCUUCAAAGGUUGCAGAGCAAAGCAGAGUACAAAAGAAACCCACGCUUUGUGCCUCCACUCAAAGGAGGUCUCACAAAAGUAGCUAAGAAGAAGAAACCAGACACAGACAAAGAAAGACCUCAGUAAGUGCAGAUUAUGUUUAAACUUGUUAAUUAUAUGAAUUUGAACUGAUUGAUUUUUACAUUCUGUCCUAGUCGAAAUACAUGAAUUAAAGUUUGCUUGAUUUUCCUCCUUAAAAUUCAGAUCUGCUGAUCCUGUUGAAGUAUUUAUUGCCUCUCCAUCCCCUGUGGUUUUUACAGGCUAUGAAGUUGGACAAGUUUAUGAGGUAUGCAUAAAAUUAAUGCGGCAGAAUUUUCAUAUGGUAACUAGUGAUUCUGAGUAAAUAACCCCUCACACACUUUCUGUAAUGGGUGGGUAUAAAUUUGUACCUUUUUCCUUAUCCUUCAUAGCCACAGAUAUUAGGUAGAUAAACAAACCAUGAAUGUUAAGCUGAAGUCUGAAUAUUGAAACAUAAUUUUGAUUAAAUAACUCUGUAUGAAAGGUAGUAAAGAUACAUGUACUUGUAUGUGGGAGUUGGAGAAGAAGUGGUUUUGUUUACAAGCCAUGAAGUGGGACAGGUUUCUAAGGACAACACUGUGCAUGCAUGUUUCAGAAUUUUUGAUUUGGAACUUGUGAUCAUUUUGUGAAUAAACUGCCAUAUACUUCUUGUAAGAGGUAGUAAUUAGUUGAUUUGAUUUGUCCCUCUCAAACAUCUACACCUAAAGAAUUUUAGGUUAAUUCUCAACCCAUAGAUAUCAAGCAGCAUAGAAUAAUAAAUGAAGGUGCUAACAGUUCCAUGAUUGUUUUUCUUUCAGCUCCUUUUAGACCUGAAAAAUGUGUCAUCAUCAAGUCGUCAACUAAGACUUACUCCACCAGCUACAAAAUACUUCUCUGUUGGAUUAGGGAGAUUCCCUGGUGAACAUGGUGUGGUUGCUCCAGGUCUAAGCUGUCAGUAUCCAAUCAAAUUUGCUCCUGAUUCGCUUGCCGACUAUGAUGAUAUUAUUAAGGUAAAUUUACCAAGAAAUGACAACUGGCAUUAUUUUUCUUUGUGUAAUUUCAUGGCUAUUAAUUUACAUUGAAUAGUUAUUAACAGCACUUGUUUUAAUUGGUUAACCAACAGUGAAACUCAUACCUUCCACUCAAAUGUAUUGUGGGCCAUAACUUGAUUGACUGUGUAACUUGCUGGUAGAAAGUUUAAUUAAAACAUUUCAGGAUUUUUCAGUUUAAUGAUAAAGUGAUUCCUUGACCAAAUAAGAAUCAUGAUAAAAUUUCAUAUCUCAUUACUUUGUAUUUUUUGAGAAUGGAGCUUAAGAUGAUUAUCGAGAUGUUCAAGGCCUCUUUUGAUAAUUUUCUUUUCAGCUUUAGUUUGAGAAUUUUUUGUUGAAGUUGGGACGAGGUUUAUUUGUACCUGUAAAGUUCUACAUAUGUACAUGUUGAAAUCAGUGUUUCAUUUUAUUUUACUUUUUUUGAAAUUAGGUUAUAUAAUAUUUUUGUGAUCAGCCUACUGAUUUGUUGACAGGAUAAUUUUGGUUUUAUAAACAGAGUUGACAAUGUAAAUUGGCCACCAUAAAGAGUUUCAAAGCUUAACUAUGUUUUCAGCUUUGAAACUCUUUACAGUGGCCAAUUUGCUAACUGCACAUUUAUUUAUCAACACAGUUUAAAAAAAAAAACCACAAUUGUCUUGUUACACUCUCACAUUGACAGCACCACAGUUUCUUUAGAAACUUACCCCUUUUGCUGAUCUACUUAGUUAUGUUUUAUAUGGUCACUGUUUUAGGUGAAAACCCAGGUGGACCCUCCAAUGAUUAUCUCACUUCAAGGCAGACGGCCACCCCCUGUGCUGAGUUGUAAGUUAAUUGUUUAUCAUUGCUACAUUUUGUUUCAAAUCUACAUAUGAGUGUACUGGAAGUCUAAUUGUAAUCUUCUGUAAAUGUAUAUUAGGCAUACAUAUACACAUGGUAGCAAACAUGUUAUGUGGCAGUGUAUUAAAGAAUGCACAGUAUGUGUAACUAAAAAAAUCUAUAUUAAUAAUUUUAGUUUAUUUGCAUAGGAGAUCAGGGCAUGCUUGCAAGCCACAAAACUAAUUGAUAAUUGGAAUAAGUAAAAAAUAAAAAAAUUUUGGCUUGUUUCCAUCUUGAAGUUCAUGUUGGUCAUCUUUCAUAUUUUUGUCAUUUCCUUUUUUUGAUUUUCUGAUAUUUGUCAGUAACUGAGGCAAUGAAGAAACUACUGGAGCUGAUUCACUUUUGUUUUCCUUAAAUUUUUUUUGCAACUGCAGACUCUUACGUGUUCAGUGAGAUAUUUAUUAGAUAUAUUAGUUUUUUAGUAACAGAUAAAGGAUCAAAUUUACUAUCUCUCUUAAUUCCCUUAUUUGAAAUACAUGGUUGUUAUUCCCCUUAACUUUGAACAGUUCAUGCUUUCAUUAAUUAAAAACAUGUAUCCGCCCUUGCUCCUGUUUGUUGGUUUUAGUGUCUCCGAUACUUGACUGUGGCCAUACUUUGGUGGGAGGAAAGAAAGUUGUCCAGGUUGUUUGUGAAAACAAAGGAGGUGAUGGAAAGUUCUGUAUCAUGAGGAAAUCUUGUUGGCCCACGACAAGUUUUGAGGUACGUAUGUCAAUGGAAAUGGAAAUACAUGAACCUGCAAAUUAAAAGUUUUGCAAAAGAACUAUGAGAAAACUUGAAAAAAAAGGGACAAAAAAGUUAAAACUAAAAAAUAAUAACUUAUGAGGCUCACAGUACAUUCAUUGAAAAAAGCUUCUUCGUCGUCCGUUACAAAGACUUGUGCGAGAGUUUUCACUGGACAAAAAUUUUUGCGUGAAAAAAAAAUCAAAUAACAAGAAAAGCAUCCCUAGAGGGCUAAUGUAGCUUAAGACUCAGCCUCUACAACGUUUGCUGGUGCGUCUUUCAUAUAAUCGCCUACCACGUGAAAAUUAUAAUUGAUUAAUUGUUUACUUUUAUUCUGUGUCAUAGUGGACCCUUGAAGAUCCCGGAUCAGUUUUUUCUGAACCAUUUGAACUAAAACCAGCCAUGUUCAAGCUGGACGCUGGAGCAGUGACCACACUGGAGGUAACGAAGGCUCAGUAGUUUAUGAAUGAAUUGAUUAACCUGAAUUGUAGUGGCCUGACGUUCAGAACAUGAACCAUCAACAUCAAAAAACGAUAUGUUAAAGAGGAACUCCUUUUGUCACAAGCGUGAAAUUUAAAUCUUAGUACCCAGACCUUCAAAUAUCACAGUCUGAUGCUCUACUGCGCGGUCAAGAACUUGGUUGAAUUGUUUCACUGUUGUAUUCCAGAUCACAUUCUGUCCCACUUCAGCCAAGUACUUCAAGGAGGAGGUGGUGUUUGUUUGUGACAACUGCCAUGUCAAGGAGUUUUCUCUUGAAGGUAAGCAAACUGUCUUAAGAAAGAAAACACACAUUAUGAAACUAUUUCUGCUCAGUUUAUGAUAAGAAUACAGGAAGGGAUGAAAGUUUGAGUUCUUAGACGACGAAAGUAAUUGUAUUUAGUAUACAUAUUUCGUUUACUGCAUUUUACUCUCCCUGAUAAUAAAAACUGAUGCUGAUAGGUUGAAAUGUUCUUAUGUAGUAUUUAAGCAUGUGGUCUUAGACACGAUUUAGUUUGAAACUGGAUAUGGAUUGAGACCAUUAUUAUACCUCUCAGAUAGUACAAAGUAAAUUGGUAAGCUAAAUUAAAAAAAAAAGUUUGUUUAAAGUGAAAUCAUCCUCCUCUAUUUGAAUCCAGAACUGUAAUAAAUGUCUCACCAGCCUUGUUUUCUUUUUCGGUCCGAAUUGCUAGCCCCUUCGCUUGGGCCAUAAUCCGAGCGGAAAACAUUUGCGGUCCUUAACUUACAGUUUAGACCUUGAACUCGGUUAGUAAGAGGUGUUUCUGGUAUUUAAUCGGAUAUGAUUUCCCAAGGAACUACGAGAACGUACUUGUCUUUCUGACUUUUUAAAGUCAUUUUCCUCCUUACCUCUUUCAUUCAUUUUUAAAUAAAUGGUGGAGAUAGGGAAGAAAAUGAAAUAUAUUAUUCGAGCUGAACAUUUUGUGAAUAGAAGAACGAAAAAGAUGGUUAGUGGUGAGGUCGAUAAAGAAAUAGAGAAAGAUGUUUUUUCGUCUUGUGACGAGCCUAAGACAAAGAAAAAGUUCUGAGUCCCCAUGAGGAAACGAACCUCAGACCUACGGAUCUUUCCUCACGAGGACUCAGGACUUUUUCUUUGUCCCACGCUCGUGACAAGACGAUAAAACAUCUUUCUCUAUUUUGUGAAUGUUAACUAUUUAUGACGCUAGCUUUGAUGCAAAGCUGAAUUACGCUAAACGAAAUUUGAUGGGAAAAUCUUUAAUCGCAACAGUCAUUUGCGACUUUGAGAAGGAAGGCCAGACUGAAAAUGAGUUGGGAUUUUAAAGGCUAGAGUUUGGAAAACGUUCGAGAAAAUAGUAUGGAUAGGAUUAGGGUUUGAAGAACCAGGGGACACAUUCCACAAAGAACUUCCAGGAAGACAACUUUCCUCUUCCCUAGUGUAGGUUGUGGCUUUUUAACCUUAUGUUGUGUUUUUAUAGGCUCGGGUCAAUUGGCCGGAGUGGAGCUUGAAUCAGUCUCAGGAGGGCUUAGUGAGACAGAUAUUGGAGAAAUAAGAGAUAUAUCAGCACAACAUUUUAUAAGAUUCAGUGAAAGGAACCCCGAAACAACUACAGAGAAGACAGUAGUUAUCAAAAACACAACGUGAGUCACUGAGCAAGUUCUUACUAAUCAUUUAGGAGUGUGUGAACGUCUCUUGGCUAAGCUUUGCGGAAACGCUCGCAAAGAUUUUGGCUUUUAUGACGAGAACUAUUUUGCUCCCCGUUCUAUACGGGAACAAGUUCACGGCCUCUAUAAUUAUCACAGAUGUGCUGACUUCUAUGAAAUAAAAAUUAUGCAUGAAGUAAGAGUAUUUAUUUUAAUUUGUUUUAUGUCAUGAGUAACUCGAGAGCUAGGGUAGUUGUAUUGAGACCCUUCCUGACUUUGGACUACAUUAGUCCCUGCCUUUCAACGAAGUCCGUCGCGCGAUUAAAAGAAAAAUCAGUGAAAAAAAAAUUAUUUCAGCGAGACGCGCGAAACUCCGACUCGCACGACGGACUUCGUUGAAAAGUAGGAACUGCUCGUAUUCUGUCCUCACUUGGACAACACUGCGAUACAAUAUGAAUGCCAGCUCUGAAUGGCUUGCUGCGUUGGGAUUAAUUGUCCUUACUAAAGAACUUCAUAAAGCUAAGAAGCUCAUUGGUUUCCUUCAAGUUCAUUACAUUUUUAACUUUUCGUUUUGUACAGGAAUGUCCCCCUGCCUUUCCGUUGGAAACUCUACAGGCCAUUCUUUAGGUGUCCUGUUGUUCCUGGAAUGCCUGUGCAGUCACCGAUGACAUCAUCGCACGUGCCACGGAGUCUGGAUGAAAACGGAGUGUUUCGGGUCACGCCAAAUAUGGGCACAUUGCCACCUCAGCAGUCUGUGGAUUUCAUAUUGGAAUUUGAACCAAGAGAGGUAUCGUGUUUUGAACAACGUUUCACUUCAUUGUGUUAGUUCCACUUCAAAUACAGAGAGUUAAGACAAACAACUUUAUUAAAGUUUGGUUUAGUUCUACGAUGAAAAGAAAUAUUGACCUCAUUCACUCUCAAAUCCGAUUUUGUAUUUGGCAUUAAAUACCCAUAGCAAGCAUGGCACCUGAAUUUAUUCUGUAAACCAUUCCUCGUUUAAACUGUGUACUGUUAUCAGAUUGUUUAAGCUGCAUCGUCAUCCUCGUUCAUAUAUGGAUCCAAAUUGUAUCAUACAGAGCAGCAGUUUUACUACUAAAAACACCAAAUUUUGUGUGGCUUACUCUAACUGCUGGUUUCCAACGCAGAAAAAUAAACCUCUGAAUGAACGAGUUUACCUUUCUCGACCUUCCCUUCUCAAUGUAGGUUGGUAGUUUUCACGCAGUGGGUCAUUUGAUCCUGGAGGAGAUUCCGAUUUAUGAUGACGGUGGUUCUACAACAAAUGACGUGAAAGACGUGACAGCGGUGCAAAUCGAAAUGAAAGCCGUUAGCAAAGUAAAGUAUCAACUAUUCCUUUUCUUGCGCAAAACCGUCCUUCAAACAACAAGAUGCAGUUAAGCGAGACCCUAGGCAGAUCCAACCCCUGUUAGGCCAUAAAAAUUUGGUCGAAUCAAUCCCGUUAACUCUCCCAUGAUCUGAUGAGUAAAUCUCCCUUCCAGCUAGAUUACGUUUCCUCAUUAAUCGGUUAAGAGGUUGUGGUGUUAUGUCAAGAUCAAAUUAAGGAGGUUGUCUAUUCUCAUGUGUUUGCUGGGUAAUUUCGGGAUGUUACGAAGAGAGCUUACAGGUUAAUUGCAAGCAGUUGAAGGGUCAAGUGGUUUUCCAAACAAGAGGCGGGGCGAAGAACAGUCCUUGCAAUGAUGAAGUAGUCGGAUGCCGUUUAGUAAUAGCAACAGCCGUUUUCAAGGCUAACCUCUCUGGCAUGAUUGCUCUGUAUGAUAAUCAUAACAUGAUCGAACAUUUUUUGUGUCUGAUCUGUUUUAUAAUUGUCAAAAUCUUUAUAUUUUAGCCUCUUGACGUGUGUGUCUCUCCUCCGGCGAUUGUUUGCCCUGGUACAUUAACAGUAGGUGUUCCAUACAGAUUUCCUUUGAAGGUCAGUACCGAAACAUAGUGCUUUCUUAUUAGCAAUCGCCAAGCAUUUUUGAGUAUGAGGAAGCCGUACUGUAUAUACUAAAGUAAUUUUAUAUUUUCCUAUUUUUUAUUAACUGGAAUUACCUGAUUUAGAUGGUCAACAACAGCGUUUCAGAAGCAAGGGUUUCAUGGCGAAAUGAAGAAGGAACAUCGUGGAGAGCGUCAAUCGAACCGAAAUCAUCUGUGAUAGGUACAGUGCUAUUUGUGUGAAUCGUCUCGUCUCCACCGUUAAACCUGAAAGAUCUGUUAAGUCAUUGGGCUUCCAAGGUACUAUACAUUUUCUCUAUAAAUAUAGCGAAGAGAAUUCGAUGUUAGGUCAAGAUUGCACACUCUAGUCGAUUAAUUUUUGUAUUCUGAUCGGUUUUUUUAACUAGUUAAGGCAUUGAUGCUGAAAGGAGAAGACGAGUUUUUCAUAUCUAGCAUUGAAAGGUUUUGACCAUAAGCGUUCAAUCCAAGGUUAAAAUGGAUUGACGUUUCGCCUACUCUUGCCAACAACUAUUUUCAGGUUGUUGUUUAAAUCGAAUUAAUUGUUAUAUUCGUUUUUUUCUUUUAAAUGAAGACAUCUUAUCCUUUUAAUCAGGCGCUGGACAGGAAGCCGACCUAGAGUUAGUUCUAAUGGCAGAUGAACCAAUUCACAUAGAGAAGACGAUAUUUUGCGACUUGAAGCACUCGUCGGCUCCAGUCUAUGUCUAUGUAAAGGCCAGUUUUGAAGUAAGUACACUGUGAAGAGCAAUUGUCAGCUCCGUUAUGAAAUUUUCCAGCAGGACAAACUUGAAUAGUUGUUUAAGUACGCUAAAACAGUGAGAUAAUACAGCACAAAAAGAUAAUUUUAACUCAUUUAUUCGUGCAAAGAUUACAGGAGCAAAUCCUGCGCACAUUGUUCGGAGGUAAAUAGCAAAGGAUAUUCGGAGUUUGAGUACCCAAUCAGAGCGCGCGUUCAAUGCUAUCCACUGCUUUACUCUAUAUAAUAAUACCAUAUUUUCGUUGUGCAACACAUGAUCUUCUUAAUGUGACGCAAACAGCUCAAACUUAUUCGGUAAUUUUGUCUUUUUUUUUUUGUACCGCUUUCUUUUUAGGGACCAGAGGUUAUUUUCACCUGUCCAGACUUGAAUUUCAAUCUCGUUCGCUUCAGAGAACUGAAUGGCUAUGAACACAUAACUAUAAAGAACAUUUCAAAUAUUUCGGCGGAGUGGAGCUUAAAGGAAUCACCAGAGUGUGCUCAGGUAACAAACAAGAUAAAAUUAUUGUUCAUUUAAGCUACAUCUACUUAAUUUAAACAAAAAAACAAAAUUCAACAUUACUUAGGUUAUACUAGAGAGUCCCUUAGUUUUAUCUUUUGUUUUGAUCCUGAAGCAGUUACGUGACGAGGAGGUUGUUUCCCAGUUUUCCUUCACUCCCCCGUCCGGAGUCCUGGGUCCACAAGAAAGCAAGGAAGUAGCUGUAUUAUAUACACCAGCUGAUACAGGCAGAGUGAGGACUGUGCUCCAGUGUGAAGUCAAGAAUGGAAAAACAAGGUAAAAGGCGUCAACUUUUAUUUUCACUCGAAAAUCCUGUACUGCAAGAAUUGCGAACGCGUUAUAAUCACGACACCGUUGAGUUGAUUAGGGCUUUGGAAACAGUCAGGGCUAUUUUAUGGAGCUUUUGGCAUCGCACGUGUACAACAAUAUCAUAGAUGGAAUCAUUGGUGGAAGAAUGAUUGUGAUACUUUUGUUGCUUCCUAAGAAUGAGUUUGUAGUUUGGAUAUGAAAGUUUCAUGAUUUCUAUUCCGAGUGCUUUGUCAUUUCAAAUAUUCUAAAUUUCCUCGCAGUUUGUGGUAGUAGUUACGCAAAGCAAGUAUUAUCUAAAUAAAUUUAGAGGCAACCGAUAGUCAAUCGAGCUCUCAAAAUGCUCCGCCAUAUGAGCUCCAGAGAACCUGUUUAUGAACUAGGUCACAUUUUACUAAAGUUGAAACUUUUUGGUUUCGCUCACCUUUCUUUUUUUUUCUUUCAGCUAUUUAUCUGUCUUUGCUGAAGUGCAGAGACCUCAAGUGUGUUUGCUGUCGUGUGACAUGUACAUAGAGAAGGUUUAUUUGGGUGUCCCUGUCAGCAGAGAAGUUGUGCUUCAUAAUCAAUCCCUGCUGAGAGCGCAGUACAAGUGGAAAGAGGUGAGUGCAGAAAUAAAGGCGUACAGUGCAAUUGCUGUUGCCGGGGUAACUCAUACCAAACUGAACAAUCCGAUUUCUGGGAGAUAGCAUUAAAUAUUAUUUGAAUUCUGCGUCGUCUCUGCUUGCUCAGGUCCUAAGUACUGUCCAAUGGCCCGAUGGAAUUCUGUAGAAUCGUCGUUUGUUUUUUCCUAAAAUAUGUUUGUUGAUUUUGUGUACGUGAUCCGGUAACAGUAGCAGCUGUUUAAGUCAGUCUCACUGACGAGAAAAUUUAGCUUACUGGGUUUGUAAGUCUUUACAUAAUGGUUUUUAACUUGUUUGCUCCAGAUACUCCAAGGAGACUACACCCUCACGUUCGAACCGAACCGGGGAGUCCUGGAACCUAGAGAAGAGCGUUCAAUCAAGGUGACGUUUACAGGAUAUAAGAAGGUAGGGUACACGAAGUACUUUCGGCUUCCGUCUGGGUAUCGGUACAGUUUAUUCAUGUUUGACGCUUGAUCUGUCCAACAGGGUCCUAUAAGCGAUCUGAUGACGUGCUGCGAGGUAGUGAGGAUGCUGAAUCCUGUGUGGCUGUCAAUUACAGCUGAUGUACAGGGGCUCAGUGUCACCUUUGAGACUCCAAAGCUCUUUGACCUUGACCGGUAAGUGAAAAGUUAAAAAACAGAAACAUUAAGAUUUUUUUUCGGAAAUUAAGAUUUUCGUGUGAGUAAAUAGAUUAAGUAAGAUGGUACAUUUUGAGUCCGGUAUUGAAAGAAACGAAAGAGGGUUUGAUCAAGAAAACACUCUGAGUUCCCAUGAAGAUUGACACCUCAGACUUUCAGAUUCCGCGCGGAAUCAAAUGGCCCGAGGUUCAAAGGUCUGCGAUUCGAUUCCUUGGGGACUCAAAAAGUUUUGUUCGUCCCACCGUCGUGACAGACAAAAAAAAUUGUUUUAGGAUUUUUACAUUUAUUACAAGAGAAGGAGAGGGAAUAAUCUGGGGUCUCUUAGUAAUCAAGCCUCAGGAUUUUAUUUAGUUUUGUUGUCUUUACUAAUAUAGUGAUUUACUUUUUGCCCAACUAGAAUUAAACUUUAUUCAUAACCUUACAUUGACAUAGCACUGCUUCCCAAAGAAAAAUACGAAGACAACAAAUCAUUUAAACCUAGUCAUAAUUUCUAACUCGAAGUAACAUACCAGAAGAUGUGAUAAUGGUUCUUCCCUUCUCUCUUAUUUUUCAGACCUGACGAGAUUAAGGAAGCUUCCCUCGAUGAUCGAGAGCUGCUGUUAGACUUUGAAACUGUUGCUCUCGCCAGUUGUCCUCGCACAACUCUUGUUAUUACCAACACUUCAGCCAUAAGAGCACACUUCAGUAUAGAGAUGGAUUACUUCAAAGCAGCCAAACCACCGACACCACCAGACGGUGAGUUAGAUUCUUGAGUGAGUAGAAUAAAAUACGCCAUAUCAUAGAAAAUCUCUGAGCAAGUUCUCGCAAAGGAGAUCUGUCGCACUAUUACUCCUUCAACAAAACAUUUUCACGAGAGCUUGUUCGCAAACCUUUUCUCAGGUGAAAGUUAUCAGUAAUCAGACCUUAAAGAAAAAUGCUAUACAUUGGGCACGAGCGUCGAAAAAAAAAACAUGAACAAACAAACAAAGAAGAGGAAAUGAAUAGGGACUUCAUUAAUAGUUAUAACAAUCUUACUGUUUUAAACUUUAUUUUUUUUCCUUCCUCUUAGGUGUCCCUCAAAGCAAAAGGUUGGUGCAGAGUUUACCGUAGAAUACCUAUCUGUUCAUUUAAUUUUUUAAAAUCUAUCUCACUUCAUUUUAUUUGUGUCCUGUUUUAAAACAGACAAUCACGGAAAAUACUUGCUCACAAUACUUGCAACAAUACAGAAUCAAUUAUCCAACAGUAUUUACAACGCUCUUAUUACUGAUCAUUACACCAACAAGUAACCCUUUAACCCUUAAGAGUGACCGGCAUCUAAUUCCUUCUUACAGUAUCACCCCUGAAUCAAACAUUAAGGUCUUGAGAACAAAUAAAAUAAUCACCAACAAGAGAAGCUCUUGAUUGUUAAAAUAAAUUCUCUCAAUCUUAAAUAAAUUGUAUGGCGAACAGUAUGGCGAAUAUGCAUACUGAUGUUAGGGUGUAGAGGGUUAACAGAAUAAUAAUAAUAAUAAUAAUAAUAAUAAUUAUACUAAUAAUGACUCCAAUGUUUUGAGAAUCAUUUUAAGAAUGCUUCUUUUGUCUUUAGGACGCGAUUACUGGGAAGAACACCAAAUAUCGCUGAUCCAAUCAGUAGAACUGCUAUGAAAGCACAUGAAGGUUGGUGGCCAGAGUAGCAGUAUCCUUUCCUCCUUCUUCAUUCUCGCAGUCUGUCUACUCAUUCUACCGUGUCAGUGGUCUCUUUCGCAGCUAUUGUGUGGUCUGGUUCCGCAGAACGUUCUCUCACGAAGAGAACGUAUUAGGUCUUGCAACACGUCCUCUUACGGAGGGAGCGCAUUAAUCACGCAACGAGUUCUCUCAUGGCGAGGGUCCACAACUUUACGUAGCACGUUCUCGGAGAGAGUGCUGCGAGGGGUUUUAAGUACUGGAGGUCUCAUUGACUAGAAUUUUGAAGAAUUUUUAUGGCCCGGAAAAAGCCUACAAAGUUAUGGAGUUUUGUGAAUUAUUUCCAAGAAUAGAUUAAAAGAUGAUACCAAUUAUUAUGAUGGUUGUUAAUCUCUUUUUACGUACCGAACGCUUUUGUUUUAGAAUACUGUCAAGCUAUCUUGCGUGAAAGAAGAGGGGUAGCGUUUGUGGCAAGUCCAGCAUCCGGUGAAUUGUCACCAUUUGGAUACCAAGUGAUUGAAAUCACAGGACACAGUGACAUGUGGGGGAAAUACAGAGACUUGUUGAUUUGUAAGGUAAGUGUGACGCUACAUGCGUCACCUGAAAGUCCUCUAUCAUGCUGAUCUAUAUGGCGUGACGUAGAAGUCGUUAUUGUUGUUGUUUUUUGUGCCGCAACGCUACAUGAAAAAUUCACGUCGUAUGUUUUCUAGAAUACAUACAUAAAACUACUCACUUGCAAUCUGCAUUAUAUGGCAAGUCGAAGAAAAGAAAGAAGAGAGAAUCGAAUUGAAGUACUUUAAUAACAAAAAAGUAAAUACAAAACAAACGCAACGAAACGAAACGAGAGAAUGAAAAAGGCCACAUGUUUCUUUAUCACAAUAAAGGAAUUUUUUCAUAAUUCUUUGUCUGUUUCAGAUUGAAGGUAUUGAUCCAGUGUACAUUCCUGUUAAAAUGGAUGUAGUGGGUUGUCCCCUUAAUUUUCAAAUGAUGAAAGAUCAGGCACCAAUCUUGCGGUGAGUUGUCGGCGGAAACGUGCAUUUACCGACCUUUUGCUUGAAAUUUGGAUCUAAAUAAUAAAAUAAUGCUUUGAAUAUAUUUUUGUCUGCAGAUUUGGCACGCACGUUUCUGGAGCCCCGUUAGUUCAGAGAUCGCUCAGAAUCAAUAAUACCAGCCCAUUUGGUGAGUUAAUUGUAGCUUCGAACUCAAGCGAUUGUCAUCCAGUUUGGGCGCUUAUGAGUUGCCUAACAAUAAAGCCAGUAGACUAGUCACGUAAAUGCUGACGGGCUAACCUACGUACAAACUAACUCACUGCUGCCAUCAUGUCAUCACUUACAUCGCUGCGAUGUGUUUUUACGUCAUUUUAAAACAUAAUUGAAAUUUUUGAAAAACAAGGUUUGAGUGACAAGCAUUAUCGUGAGAAGCAAUAUCGUCCACAGUGCACUCCAGUACACUCCUUUCUUUAUCACACCUGUUAAGCGUCCUCUAUUGAAUUAUCAUUUUUUCCCAGACAUUCGCUUGGACUGGGAAUCAUACAACAUUCUCCCACAGGACAACCAACUCCUGGAUAUGUUGGUUUUUGUUGGUCAGCCUCUGCCCGUAAUACAGGAUGGCCAGGAAGUAGUACCAGCUUUACAGGAACAGGAUUGUUACCCCUGCGAGGAGAAACCUUUUAUACAAGUAAAACUGAGAGAACAUGAAGGCAUACGCGCAAACCGACCUUUUGAAGUUACGCCUAGCCAGCAGGUUUGAUAUACAGUUUCCUGCUAAAAUCACUCACAAAUUUGAGUGCUUUUAGAUUGAAUGUCGAAAAAUCAAACCCAUAGUAGUUACAAAAACCAACCAUAGGAAAGAAAAAUACCUUGGAGAACCAAUGAGAACUCAGAGUAAAGACAAACAGACCGCCUAAAGCGCGGGAAAACGCUGGCGACCAAGUCGUGAUUGGUUAUAAAUUAUGCAUCUGAUCGGUUGAGAGAGUGGGUGCGAGUUCUCCGGACCAGUCAGAAAGCAAAGCCAAACAAAACAAAAGCAAUCCCGGGAAACUUUCGACACUCGACUGAAAGUUGUUCUCUAAAUCUCAUGUUGAGCACCAGAUGAAUACAGUAAAGAAUAAUCUCUCUCCCAGUUGUUCUUUCUCGAAUAUCACACAACUCUUUAAGAAGCUUUCCUUUAAGAAGCUUUCCUCUUAAGGGCCUGAAACUUCUCUCCCUGAGAAAUAUCUUUGAUGGUUUUCUGAGAACUACGUUACAGAAAAUCGUGACACUUUGUGGUGAUGGUAGUAAAGUGUGAAUUUUAGACGAUUAAUAACAUGUGAACCAUGAUUUUUGUCAUUUCUUUGUUUUUGGCACAGGUUAUUCCGGCCAAGAGCCAUUCUUCUGCCAAAAUGUCAUUCUAUCCUUUCACGGAAAACCCAUCUGGAGAAGUUUGUGCAGCAUAUGCCGCGGCUUAUAUGAGUUUAGAUCCACAGGUUGGUGAUGAGAAAUACGCUUAUCUUUUUAUCGUAGUGUGUUCCACGUUUUGUGAGAAAAUAGCUGGCGUACUUGAAACCGGAUCGAGUGCUUUGGGCUCGGGUCAUUGUUUUGUAAACUUGUUAGGGCAGUUUUUCUUUAGGGAAGUGUCCCACCCCUUUCUUCCCGCGAGUUUGAACAGAUAUCACCAACCAGAAAACUGUCAAGGAAACUUGGUGAAUCGUUAGGGGAAGGGGAGGGGAGGGUAGGAGGAGCUUUCUCUUAUGGAUUAGCAUCCCAUCCAGGGGGGGAGUAGCAAUUGUCUUGGUAGAAAAUCUAGGGUACAACAGAAACUAAUAUACUUACCUUAAAAAAUGAGCCGCAGAGAACAAAGUUAGAGGUCUUUCGUCGCCACUGAUUUCAAUCGAACUCUGCCAAGAAUAUGCGUCUGAUCCUCGUAUCUGCUAACCAUUCUCCCGUAAAUUGUUUUGGUCUUUUGAUUCUUUCUUCAGCUUCUUGAAAUUCCAGGGCGGGUGAGACGAUCACAUGAAGUAGAGCUACGUCCCUUCCGCUUGGACAUGACGGCCAACAUUGAUCCUGCCAUGUAAGCUAUUGUUUUAAUUGAAGUUAGUUCAAUUUAAAUACUUCUAUAAACAUCAUGAGAAAGGAAAGGAAUUACAUAAGCUGUAAGAUGACGAACAAGGAAUACCAGCCAAAACAACCAGAAUAGGCUGGAGGAGAUGUAGUUGGGGAAGGUGUAGCGAGCAACAUGAGAAUCACAAGUGUUCAUCCACCCCACGACACGUGCCUUCUAAAGACAAAAAGAAAAAAGAGAUACAACUAGAACUUAAGCUGUUUAAAUGAUACUCACAGUUUGUUUAAAACCUUUGGCUCAAUUAACCCGAAUUGGAUCGACCGUCAUGCUCUCAGAAAUUGUUUAAAUCGUUUUUCAAAGUAUGGUUCGGCAAAGUUACCAGUAGUAUGUUCUUCGAGUUACUUAUUCUGUUUAUUAGAGAAUUCUUUUCUACUUCAAGGUUCGUUUCUAGUGAAUAUCGUUCCUGUUUUUAACUCCCUCUUUCUUUUUGCACCACAGACUUUCUCUGGAAACUGAAGAAGAUAAGGGAACCGAGUUUAUUACGGCAGCGUCUGAUUUGGUCAGUUGCAUUCCAGUGUUAUUUAUUUUUAUGUUGGUUAUGAUGAUUUUCCAGUUUACAAGUAUUAUAAAUUGUUUUUCAUCCUAAUUAUUUUAAGUGUGCUAACCUGUGAUCUUGAAAUCUUGGUGCGGUGCUCUAACCAACUGAGUAAUAUAAUAGUGGGGUAAGGACCUGGUAAAUUGCAGGCUCAUGUGUGCAGGCUUAUGUGUGUAAAAUGAUUUAAUAUAUUAUCUUUAGGAAUUACAUGAAUUAAUAGGUGCUUGCUGUCAUGUCUCGCGACGUAUGAAAGAAGCCCGAUGAAAAUAAGGAACAACAGCAACAAAAAAAAACGAAACACAACAAAUUCACUAAACAAAAUAAAGCAAAAUGAAGCAACAUCAUGACGAAGAUCAUUUCUUUUUUAAUGGUUUUAUUUCCGGAGUCCCCAAGAAUUCCUUUGCACCCUCAAUUUACUGUCUUAUUUUGCCUCUCGCCAACAGCUGAACGGUGACACACCCUUGGUACAUCGGUUUGUCUUGGGAAACACCACAGAAACCCCGCUGACCAUGCGAUUUGAUGUGCAGGCUCCAUUUAAGAUUCUUUCCGCUGAGCCUCCCCAAUCAGCCAAAUCAAAAAAGUCCCAGUCUCCAGGCAGUAUCACCAUUAAACCUGCUAAAACGUUAGAGGUAAGAGGAUUGAUUUUGUUAGCGAUGAAGCAGCAUCAGCUUCGACAACCUUCGUGAAAGAGAGCACGUUUGAGGGAAAAUGGAAAAUUGCAAUUAAAUAGAUUGGUGUGUGCCCGGAUUGACCAGGAUGAGCAAAGGAGCUUUGCAGCUGUAAUGUCUCAUUCAUUAAGCAUGUGUUUACGCAUGCGCGGUGGAGGCUUCUCUCGCCAUGUACUUGUGUUAAACUUGUUCAUUACAAUUAACUCUUUGGUGUUUUAACUCCCUGAAACCCGACUUCAUUAUAACAGCCACAUAGCAUUUUAGGAAGAAGAGAAAGACUUUAACUGCAAACAGGAACAAUGAGUGCAACCACUUUCUUCCAGAUUACAUAAUCAAAUGCAAUAUUACCACAUUGUUGCUCAACAAACAGAACGCAGAAAUUCAAUUUAUGUCCUUUGCUGCUCAUGUCGAUUAUGCAAUUUGACUCAAGGCCAAAGAACAAAACUUUGUUUUUGUGUCAAUAUAUAUGGGGGAAUUGAGUCAGCGAGUGUGCGGUUUGGAAAUAAACACUCAUAAUUUUAUUGUGCUCCGCUUCCAUUUCAGUUAAAAGUUGGAUUUUUCUUGUCUGACGAGCUUGUUCUUAAAGUGAACGACCUCACUGCAGGACAAGAAGAAACUGGCGGUGUAAUGCUCGUUACCUCAGAUGAUGGCGACAGACAACUUGUCUUCAAACAAGACUUGAAAGUUCUGUUUUCCAACAAUACCUCACAGGUAAUUACCCUGAUCAUUCUUUACCCCCUAACAUCAAUGUACAUAUUCUCCCUACUGAUCUCUAAACAUUUCCUAAGGUGCUGACGAGGAGAAUUUGGUUAACAAUCAAGAACGUCUUUAGUUGGUGAUCAUUACCUUUCUCGUCACCAUACUGUGUGAUUCAGGGGAGAUGUUGUAAAGAGAUAUUUAUGCAAGUCACCCUAAGAGAUCAAUAGAUUAAGCUAUUUCUUUCGACUUCGGUGAUUCAUUUGCAAUAGGGGCUACUUACUUUCAUGCUCUUUUACCGCAACUCACGAAAUUUUCAACUAUAAAGACCCCUUAAGGUUGCGAAAAACUUUUACUCCUAUUGUCGUUAUUAUCUGAAACUAUGCUUCAUUCUCUGAUCAUGCUUGUUUACCUUCAGGUGAUUCCUUUGAUGGCCUCGAUAGCUGUUCCCACUCUCCGUCUGUCUCAGGAUGUCUUGGACUUUGGCACGUGCCUGGUGGGCCAAUCAGUUGAAAUGCACGUGACCCUGCGCAAUCCCUCUCGCUCUGCUUCUGCUUGGGUCGCGAAGAAAGGUUAAGUUUGAAAAUUCCGAUGAAACACGCUGGAAUCAUUUCAGACGUUACGAUUGAUCUCCUUCUCACUCUCAGGGAUUCUUUUUUUCUCCUUAAUAGAUCCACGUUAUCCCUCUAUCAGCCAAGAUGUUUUUGUUGUCAAUCCGACCGAAGGAUUUCUGGAGGCAAACUCUAGCUUUACAAGCCAGACCAAAACUACACUUAAAGUGACCUUCACAGCUAAGUAAGUUGAUCUCUUGUACUCGUUAUUGUGGUUUGAUGUUUCGCUUUUACGUUCAACUGCAAAUGAUCCUCAAUAAUCCAUAUCAUAUUCCCAGUUUAUCAUUUUUUUUCAUGCCACCUACUCUAAGGGAUUGUUUCAAAUUUGCCCAUUCAAAUCUAUCAAAACGGGCAGUUUUAAAGAAGCUUGCUAAAUACAAGUCUUAAUUCUACUUAGUAAUACAAUUGUUCGCGCGAAAACAGCUUAUAGGAAAUACAUGCUCCAAAAAGAAAACGUUUUCUGAAUGUUUAAAAGAAAGUACAACAACUUGCAUCUGAGUCUUAAUCGAAAUCUUACUCGGAGUGUCUUAAGUGAUCUUCAUAUUUGUAUCCCUUAAAGUUAUUUCGUGGUUUGAUUCAUAACUAAGAUUUUUCAUAACUGAAGUUAUUACGUUGUACUGACUUCGAUACCUCCAUCGUUGCAGGCACAGUGUUGAGUACGAAUGUGUCGUGAUUGUCAGUGGUCAACUGAAGGAAGAAGAGCAGAGACUGGUGCUUAGAGGACGUGGAUCGUAUGACCAAAGACACGAGCGGCUGGUGAAUGUUACCACAGAUACGUGACUGUGAUGUGUACGAGAUGUAUCGAACUCGGGACGUAUAAGUUCCUAGCACAAGUCACAUUUUUUGACUCGUCCAGAUGUUUAUUUUUGUUCCAGGACUGAUGUGGUUUUGUGUGGUUUAAGGUGUAUAUAGCUUAGCACUGUUUCCCAGAGAAUAUCUUUAUGCCUGAAAUUAUAAUUUAUCUAGGCGACCAUUUGUUAUUUUUGGCUUUAAUAGAAACUCACUGAAUUGUAUAUAGUAUUUGUAUUACUGUAAAAUUCACCGCAAAAUAUAAAUAAAAUACAGUUGACG